CCAAACGUUGAUCAUGUUUGAUUGAUAACUGUUAAACAUUGAAAAAAAUCUACAAAAAUAGGCAUUUUAUUUAAUUGUUGAUCCAAGCAAUUUUGACUAAUUCCAAUUAAGUUCUAGCUUAUCAAAUAAGUAGGAGUAAGAAAUAGAAAACAAAAAAAUGUUUAAGAUCACUAAAAAGCCUCUCCUUAAAUGUAUAAUAUGUAGAAAAAUGAUCUCAACUCUAUCGACAAUGAAGUUUCAUGUAUAUUUACACACCGGUGAGCAUCCCUUUAGAUGUUUGACAUGUGGGAAAACAUUUAUUCGUCUAUUUCAAGUAAAGAAUCAUUUGUUGACUCAUUCUAAUAAGAAUCCUUAUAAAUGCACUACAUGUGGAAAAGUAUUCGGAACCAGAAGCCUUAUAAAGAGACAUACAUUAGUACACACCGGAGAGCGACCUCAUAAGUGUACUAUAUGUGGAAAAUCAUUCCAAAACAGUAGCAGUGUGAAGGAACAUACAUUAGUACACACUGGAGAGCGACCUCAUAAUUGUACUACAUGUGGAAAAUCUUUCCAAACCAGUAGCAGUAUGAAGAGACAUUCAUUAGUACACAUUGGAGAGCGACCUCAUAAGUGUACUACAUGUUGGAAAUCCUUCACAACCAACGGCAGUAUGAAGAGACAUAAAUUAGUACACACUGGAGAGCGACCUUAUAAGUGUAAUAUAUGUGGAAAAUCCUUUAUAACCAAGGGCAGUAUGAAGGAACAUACACUAGUACACACUGGAGAGCGACCUUAUAAGUGUACUAUAUGUGGGAAAUCCUUCCAAAGCAGGAGCAAUAUGAAGAGUCAUACAUUAGUACACACCGGAGAGCGACCUCAUAAGUGUACUAUAUGUGGAAAAUCCUUCAUAACCAAGGGCAGUAUGAAGGAACAUACACUAGUACACACUGGAGAGCGAUCUCAUAAGUGUACUAUAUGUGGAAAAUCCUUCAUAACCAAGGGCAGUAUGAAGGAACAUACACUAGUACACACUGGAGAGCGACCUUAUAAGUGUACUAUAUGUGGAAAAUCCUUUAUAACCAAGGGCAGUAUGAAGGAACAUACACUAGUACACACCGGAGAGCGACCUCAUAAGUGUACUAUAUGUGGAAAAUCCUUCCAAAGCAGGAGCAAUAUGAAGAGACAUACAUUCGUACACUCCGGGGAGAAACUUUAUAAGUGUACUACAUGUGGGAAAUCCUUCCAAACCAGGAACAGUAUGAAGAUUCAUACAGUACUACACACUGGAGAGCGACCUCAUAAGUGUACUACAUGCGGAAUGUUAUUCCAAACCAGUGGCAAUCUAAAGAAGCAUAGCCUACACUAGUACACACUGGAGAGCGACCUUAUAAGUGUACUAUAUGUGGAAAAUCCUUCCAAACCAGGAGCAGUAUGAAGAUUCAUACAUUACUACACACCGGAGAGCGACCUCAUAAGUGUACUACAUGCGGAAUGUUAUUCCAAACCAGUGGCAAUCUAAAGAAGCAUAGCCUACACUAGUACACACUGGAGAGCGACCUUAUAAGUGUACUAUAUGUGGAAAAUCCUUCCAAACCAGGAGCAGUAUGAAGAUUCAUACAUUACUACACACCGGAGAGCGACCUCAUAAGUGUACCGUAGAAUGGGGUGAAUAGAAACACUUUUUGACUUUUAAGCUUCUGUAAAAACGAUAUUUUUAAUUUUUAAAUUUUCAACACUAGCUCAUAUUUUCGGUCUUGGACUCCUCUACUCAAAUCACUAAUCAAUUUUUUUUCUUUUUAAUCAUUAAGCAGAAAAAAAAUAAAAUAAGGCUGUUUCUAUUCACCCCGCACUUUGGGGUGAAUAGAAACACUGUGUUAAAUUGAUGAUUGUUGCUUUUCCCCACUUACCAGGGGCAAUAGAAACAUGAAAUUUAUGCUUGUUAGCUUAUGUUGUUGUAAAUAAAAAUAUUUAAAGUUAAUUAACACAUUUAUUUAUAAGUACGAAGUAUAAAAACAUUGUUUUCAUAAACCCUUAUCCAAACAAAUCAGAGAACAUAAAUGACAAUGGGUGAAAUCAGAGUAACAAAAUCUUACAUAGAAACCAACUAAAUGAAGAGUAAAAUCAGACAAAUCUUCCUCAAAAUACAACACUCCCUUAAAUCUACAAGUUGUACACGGCUUGGGAGUUGGAAGCCGACGUACUACGUCAUCGACUUUGAAGAGGGCCUCUUAAUCUGUCUCUCAGAACUUGUUGGUUUGCGCAAUUUUCUUGAUGAAUCUUCCUAUUUCUCCUUCCUUGUUAAAUUCAAUAACUUUAGCAACAUAUAAACGAUAGCAAGUUUUGUUUUUCCCCAUUACUUUGACAAUUGAUCAUGAAGGGACAACUUUGAAGACUUGCUGAUGUCUUGAGCUAGGUAUGCUGGUUCUUCUUCAUCAAAUUGUUCGUCUUUGUCACUUUCUUCCAGUGAGAAGUGUGACUGAUGUGGAAUCAUCUUCAUCUCUGGUAUUUUUUUUCUUUUUUGGGGGGUUUUUUGGUCAACCUUUAUUAAUUAUUUGCACCACUGGUUCCAAAAAAAAGUGUUUCUAUUUACCCUGGUUUUGCAAAAUCAUGACAUAACCUAAAUUAAAAAUAAAGUAAAAAAAUAUAGUUUAUUCUAAGGCUAAUCUAUUGGCACAAUUGGUUUUAAGAUCCCUAAGACAAUAUAAAAAAUGGCUAUUAACAUAAAUACAUGUAAUAGGUUCAUACUUAGAGAGAUAGUUUUGAAAAGAAUGUUUUUCGCCAAAAUUUUCAAAUGAUGUUUCGCAUGAUCCAACAUCCAAAGCAGUGAUACCAAUAUGCUGAAAUAAUUUUUCCCAGGUAGAUAGGAUAUGUGCGACGCUACUUUCCGCACUGGAAAAAUAAUUAUUAAAAGUGCGUGCAGUCGCAACCGUUUGCCGGGGAUAGCUCAGCCUACAAUGGCUGGGUAAAGUUCCAGGGUCUGCGAUAAAAGGUCAGGGAAACCACUAGGCCAAUAGCCGGGUCUAACCGGUAUAGGACUGGCUCAUACACGGGCACUGUGAACAAGUCAAAAGCAAGUCACCACAACAAACGUGCAAUAAUCACCACCAGGCCUACGCCGAUUCUCCACACUCCUAGGGGGUCGUUGCUGACUACGCAACUCGGGCUUCGUCCUAACUAUCCAAUAGUUAAGCCCAGAGUGCCUAAAACACAGUAAGUUACACGACGACUGGCUAAUAAAAACCACAACGCGAGUUAUCACCAGGCGGGGUCUACUAGGCCACUAUAAUCCAAUACAAAAUGCUCAUGCCCAAGCUAACCACCAAAACAGUUCACUCAAUAAUAAUACCAUAUAAUAAUAUACAAGUACACUAUAGGUAGGGUGACUACACCACUAGUAGCUGGUCUCAAUAAAUACCAAGCCAAACAAGCAAAACUAAAUGGCAAUUGCACUACUAUCAAAUUAUUGAGCUACUUAGUAGCAGAUAAUAAAUAUUAAAUACGUUCCAAACACUAGAUAAAUAUAUUAUCUGAUAGUCGGUACUCCGCUAUCCAAGCUACCAAGAUAACGUGUUGGACUACCAAACAAGCUGUUCCGGAUAAAUUAAAAUACUUAAAUGAUUAAUCAAUACCAACCCUACUGCUACUACCACUACUGCUACUAUAUCAACGUUAUAUUGCUUAGCUGGGCUUCUGUUAAUAGGCUAAUAAAAUUAGCUACUAGCCUACUAGCCUCGUGCUUCCAACUACGCACGCUAAAUCGUGCAGCUUAGGUUUGUCGGGCCUCAGAGUUAUUAGUAAUAUAACUAACUCUUGGUACAGCACAAAAUAAUAACUACUACAGUCAAUAAAUUAUAUUAUUUGCGCUCUAGCACCUGCCCAGAACCGUCAGGAAUACACUUUAAUAUUAUUCCUGACUAACAUAAAUCCUAACUACCGUCAGGCUUUGACCAGCACGGUUACAACUCUAACUCUUGCAAUAAAAUCAGAUAAUAAUAUUAUCAACUCUUAAACCAAAAUGUAAGGAACGUCGUCCACUCACCAAUAGUGGGUCGGUACCCAACUUAAACCAACACUCGGCGCGAUCACACCACCAACGUACUCCGACACCACUGUCACGCACACUCCUCUCUACGUACACCCCUGACGUAUCCCAGUCGUCUCCACAAGACACCACACUAUCCUCACUGUCCGGGAUCCACGACUCGAAUGUCCUUCUCGGCUAUCCGGUAGUCCUAGGAUACCCAAGCUUAUCCGAACUGAUAAGCCGGGUCAAAGGGCGCUAGCCAGGUUCCCCGCCGCCGCUUGCUUACCUCAACAAUCGGUACGCGGCCAAAUAGCGAAAAUAUACCCCCCCUAGGAAAAAGGCUCGUUACAUAUGGUUAUAAUGGGGGGAAAUAAUUCCCUUAUAUAAAGUCAAUGUAUAACAAAGUUAUAAAAAUUUGAAUCAUUCAUUGAAGUUUUGUUUCUAUUCACCCCAUUCUACGGUACUAUAUGUGGAAAAUCCUUCCA